AAUUGCUCUAGCUCUGUGAGUAAAUUCAUUCUCUUAGGCUUCCCUUGUACCUGGGAGAUUCAGAUCCUCCUCUUCUCAUUCUUCUCUGGGACAUAUAUCUUGAUGCUGAUGGGAACAUGUGCAUUAUCUGCAUUGUGAGGUGGGAUCAUCAAUUACAAAUUCCCAUGUACAUCCUCCUGGCCAAUUUUUCCUUCCUGGAGAUCUGGUUUAUAACUUCGAUUAUUACCCCUAAUAUGCUAGCCAACUUUCUCUCUGCAACCAACUCCAUCUCCUUCUCUGGCUGCUUCCUCCAGUUCUACUUCUUCUUCUCCACGGGCACCACUGAGACCUUCUUCUUGUCUGUCAUGGCCUUAGACAGGUACCUUGCCAUCUGCAGGCCCCUGCACUACCCCUCCAUUAUGACAGUCUGACGCUGCAUCAGAAUGGGAGUCUGCUGCUGGUUGUGUGGCUUCUUAUACUUCCUCUUGCCUGUUUACCUAAUCUCUCAGCUCCCGUUUUGUUGUCCCAAUAAAAUUGAUCACUUUCUAUGUGACCCAGGACCCCUUAUGAAGUUGUCCUGUGUGCCAUCUCCUGCCACUGAGGUCAUCAGUGCCAUCUUUAACUCUGUCCUCAUGUUCUCCACCUUCCUCUUCAUUAUCAGCUCCUACACGCUGGUGAUCAGAGCUGUGCUAAGGCUACCCUCAGCAGAAGGCUGGCAUAAGGCUUUCUCCACAAGUGGCACCCACCUGGCCAUGGUAUCCAUGUUCUGUGGCUCCAUCAUGAUUGUAUAUGUGAGCCCAUCAGCAGGCAAUGCAGCUGGGAUCCAGAAAAUUGCGACUAUAUUUUAUUCUGUGUUGACUCCUCUUUUCAACCCCUUGAUGUAUAGUCUCCAGAAUAAGAAGAUGAAGGAGGGCCUGAGAAAAUUAUUCAGAGCUGUGAGAUUUAACCAGAGGCAUGGAAGAAGUAUUUGA